CCAGCCCGAAACAUGGACCAUCGCGGUCCAUGAAGAUACUUGUUUUCAAGCAUGGUCUUAUACACUUUUUAAAUAAUUUCUGUUAUUGACAUUGUAAAAUGCGUUGCAAUAACUUGAACAGUGGCCUUUUAUAACUAUAAAUAUUCCUUCAAUGGAUGCUUGAUUAAUUAAACUUCCCGUCGUUAUCGUAGUUGUUUAACGUUGAACAGAAAAAUGGCUUACCGCAUUAUCCGUUCUUGCAAAUCAGUUGCGAAAGCUGCACAACGUUUUCACGCAUCCAAUCACGGAUUGGAAUUACCGAAACGAAAUUUCGUCAGUACAGUGAAUGAGAAUCUACUGACAGCAAAAGUUCCCUUAAUCUCCACGGUUCGGUACACGAAUUUCUUUAAUAAAUUACCUGCUGAGGCUCUAUGGAAGGGUGUUACCAGUGUUAGCAAUGCGGGGAGGAGGAGAGGCAGAGGAAAAGGGCUGAAAUUGACCAGAAAUUUGAACAGAGGUCAAAUAAUCGGAGUUGGAAAAGUUAACAUGGUAUGGCCAGGUCUAACAGCCCCUGUAUUACGGGGUAAAGAACUCAUUCAGCAAGAGAAACUUCCCGAAGACCCGGAACGGAUGGCAAAGCUAGCGAAAUUGCGUGAUGAAAACAGCAGCCGUAAAUCGUUUAAAAUUCAUCCGCUUGAUCGGGGCUGGUCUGGAUCUAAAUUACCGGGAAGAAGUAUAGGGCCUCCUGAUCCCAGAGGCGAAGAAACUUUCGAGGGAUUUGACACAAUAUGCUUGGAAUCGAAGCCUGUAUUUAAUAUGAGCGCAAACAUGGGACGCAAGAGAAGAAUGAGUGUUUUUGUUGUAACGGGAAAUAGAAAUGGAUUAGCUGGUUUUGCACUAGGCAAAGCUGUCGAGGGCAAAGCAGCUGUAAAAAAUGCCAAAAACCGUGCUGGUCAACGACUCUUACAUGUGAACAUUUACAACAAUCAUACAGUGUAUCACGACUUUUUCUCCCAAUUUGGAAAAACGAAAGUAUUUGUGAAGAAACAACCAGAGGGUUAUGGACUGCGAUGUCAUAGAGCUAUCAAAAGUUGUUGCGAAAUGAUUGGGAUCAAAGACUUGUAUUCGAGAAUCGAAGGCUCCACUAAUCUGCAGCACAUCAUUAAAGCAUUUUUUAUAGGAUUGUUGCAACAGAAAACACAUUCUCAAAUAGCAGAAGAAAAGAAGUUGCAUUUAGUUGAAAUCAAGAAGGAAACUGGCGAAUUUCCUCUAGUCGUUGCCUCUCCACCAGUCGUCAGGAAGCGUGAGGAAAUUAAGCGAGAUGAAAUUCUGGAUUACACCCAGUAUGUGAUGAACAAUCGGGUGGUUCUUCAGAAAAAAAAGUUUCCUCCGUUUUACACUAAACACAGAUCGUGGGAAAUUUAUUUAAGGCGUCAAGAGUAUCACAGAAAUCAAGACAAAGUUAGAAUUCGUUUGCUGACUAACUACGGUGAAUUACGAAGUUAUUUAACCGACAAAUAUCCUGAAGCAAGACCACCUCGGAAAGAACGAAAACCUGCAGUUGCUGAUGCUUGAGAACGUCAGUGAUCAGCACAUUGGAUAGUCUUCAUAUAUCGAUAGCUAAUGAAAAAUAAUACGUGAAAUAGUCAAUUUCAAUUUUAUAAUCGUAUACAGAUAUGUUAUUGACAUAGGCUCAUUAUUCGAUGAUGACAUGUUCAUAUGUACAGAAUCCAUUUAUUAUCGAUACUGUUCAUAGUUUUUACAUACUGAACGUAUUCGGUUUAUUUGUGUUAGUAUCUACAAUUAAAUCGAUAACACAGAAAAAUAAUAUUCGUCGCCUAUGUUAGUUAUCUAAAUCGUAUCUGAGUGCUCAAAGUUCUUCACAUGCUUUGUCCUUCCAAAUCGCAUAAACUUAAUGAGCGAAAAGUUAAAAACAUGUAAAAAAUUUCUAACCCCUGGGUCAUGGUUCAGUUUGAACAUAUUUUGUGACUAGCAAAAUUUAUCCGUUAUAAUUCCAUACAGUAAGCAAAGUAAUACAUACAAGACACUUCACCUUGAUUCGACCAACAUGAGUAAUUCAAAAUACAACGACAUGAUUUAUCGUAUCAUUUCGAUAUUGACGGAUUCUAGAUUUCAGGUUUUCGAUACAGUGAGUUUCCAAACGCUUGGGAAUUGAAAUCUCCAAGCGUGUAGAAAUCUCAGACAAUUCUAAGUGUGUUAAUAUUGGAAUAUAUCGUUGGGAAACCGUAUUUAUAAUUAUUCAACUAAUCUAGGUUAGUGUUUUACUAAUUAGUGAAAGUGAAAGUAAAGCUGUUCUCUGAGAAUACUUUCAUUUUUCCAGCAUUUUCAUUUCAUAUUCUUAAAAAACAGGUGGAGAUUAAUGGUGAAUCAUUAAAUAGACCGUACUUGUAAUUU